AUGCUCUUGGGUAUCGAUGUACUUCAGGUAAUCCUCAGUGCAGGUAGAACUUAUUCAAAUAAUGGUAUGAAUUAUUACAAUUUUUAUUCUCUGACUGCUCUGAAUUUAUCUAUAAAUAUGUAAGCCAAAUUUAGAGAAAGCACUAGUGAUUAACAAUCAUUAAACUGUGUUAUUUUCAUCUCUUUCUGUGUGUAGCCAAAGAUUGCCAGUAUGCUUCUGGAAAAACUUCCAGAGUUUACAGAAGAUGAUUGCAAGUAUGUGAUACCAUUUUCUCAGUGCUACACACAACUUUUGUGUAUCAAAUGUUGUUUUAUUCCUAAUGGUUAACCCUUCACACCCUAAUAUGAGCAUUAAUUUUCUCCUAAACUGUUCUUCAUACAUUUCCUAUGACAGUGAAAAGGAGAAUUGUACUCACUAUUGUGAUCAUUUCUUUAAUUCCCAUCAGUGAGCCUUAUGUUUGGUUCAGUGGUGAUACCUCAGUGAGAAAUUAGAUUAUAGUUACCCUCAGGUGUUUAAGGGUUAAAAGUUUCAGGAGUUAACCCUUCAACUCCCAAAAGUGAUUAACAUAAAACUUCCCCCCUAUGAUAUCCCUACAUUAUUCAGCAAACAGGUAAUGAGAAUAUUCAAACUUAUCAGGUAGAAGCUGCUAUCUUGAUCUAGCAACAAGUUCUCAUAACAAAUUUACAAGGAAAUGAGUAACAGCUAGAAGGGAGAAUUAACAAUUAGCUCUUGGGAGUUAAAGGGUUAAAAUCACUGCACCUAUUUUUCAAAAACUCCCUUAAUCAUAUGUUGGUUUUCAUACAGCAAUGGCACAGAUGAUUUCAACAUCCCUCGUUUGGUACUAAACCAGUUCAGAUGGCUUGACUGUGUCAUCCAGAGCAAGGUGAGAGUACAAAACUGUUAAUUCUAUGGAACUAAUCUCCUUACUUUACCAGUAAACAAAAAGUCAUGAGGUUUUUGAGCACAGUAGCCCACUCUGAUAGAGUUUAUCCUGGUUUUCUCGACAUAAAGCCUCUAAGAGUGUUGCCACUCUGUCUAGAAGGAAUGCUUGAAUUAAAGGCAACACCCUCACUAAUCAGCCCCACCCCCCCUCUGUUUCCUGUUUGUUCAUCAGUUGUCCCUUGUACCUCUGACUAUACUGGGAUCUAAAAAUAAUUCACUCUUGAGUCUGGUGUACUUGCAAAAUUAAUAUAACUUUCAUUUGGAUCUUUAGAUGCUAAGAGUAUUUUGUCGUUGGCCUUCAUUUUAAGAUAUUCCAAUUGAUUACAAUUGCAUUCAAGCUAAAUAUUUCCAAAUACUUGAAUUAAUUACACCUGCAACAAGCAUAUCCAAUCUAGAUCAAGGAGCAGAACAGCUAAUUGCUUCAUACCACAGGGAUAGGCAAGGAGAUUAAUGGGUUCUCUUAGGCUUGUCAGAUGUGGCCUGUUAAGAGAUCCACAUAAGUUUGAGGUAUAAUUUAACUGUUCCAUGUAUUUUUGUUGGAAAUUUAGGAGUUGACUGAGAAGAUGCUGGAGAUUGUAGGAAUAACAUCAGUGGAAAUUCAGUGUGAAAUUAUAACAUGUAUUCCUGAAGUACUGGAUGAUGCAGAACACACUGAAGUAGCAAGGGAACUUAGGUAAUGAAUUUUUUAAUUUUUCUUUUUUGUGGCAAGUGGCAGGGGGGGGGGCAUGGAUGUUUGUGCUCACACUUCUAUAUAAUUAAAUUGCUGAAGCAGCAAGGGAACUUAGGUAAUUAAUUUUUUAAUUUUACUUUUUUGUGGCAAGUGGCAGGGGGGGCAUGGAUGUUUGUGCUCACACUUCUAUAUAAUUAAAUUGCUUCAUAGUGAUUUAAGGCAACUUUAACCCUUUAACUCCUGAGAGUGAUCAAGACAGAAUUUCUCCUUACAAUAUCAAUACAAUAUCUAGCAGACAAGUGAUGAGAAGAAAGAAAAAUAUCAAUUAGGGGAUUAUUAGCUGAUCAAAUACCAAAUUCUCCAAACUAACAUCACAAGAACUGUAUGGUAGACAGUAAGGAGAAUUACGAAUGAGAUCUUGGGAAUUAAAGGGUUUAAUUUCCUCUGAGAAUCUUCCUGUCUCAAAUAAGCUUCCCCGUUAAUGUUUCAAGUUUCUUAAUUGUCCUGCCACUUCCACAAUGUUCUUCCUUCACCAGCCCCUUCCCCCCCAAAAACAAUAAAUAAAUAAAUAAAAUUCCAAAAUAGAAGCACUUUGUAAAAUGAUAAUGCUGUAUUAAAAAUGUAAGGGGUUGUUGCAUGAUGCUGUUAUUCAUCUGGAUUGGUGGUGUUUGUACAACCCCUCCUCCCCUUCCUCCCCUUUUCUAAUAAACCUAAGCCUGCAGUUCUGGUGUCAUUCGUUUCUCCAUAAAUUUCAGGUGAUUGGAAGCAAGAGCAAGGUGGGCAUAGGGCUGCACCUCUCAUUUGCAUGGACCUCACACUGGUGCUGUGCUUGCUCUCCUUGCCUGAAAAUAAAAAAAAAAUGGAUAAAUAAGAAAUUAACACCUGUUUCGCAGACUGAAUAAGCCUCCACCUAGAAGCCUUGCAAAGAGAUUAACACUCCACGCUCAUAAAUUAUUUAGAAAAAAACAGAACUUAUUCAGUAUUAAAUUCUCAACAAUAAACUUUACUUACCAAAAUCAGAGUUUAUGACAAAACUGGUUUGGAAAUUUGAUCUCAGUAAACUGUGUUUAAUGUAUCAGGUUUGAUUUAUGUUUUGUUUAUUUGUCAUUGACUGUGCACCAGCUGUUUUGUAAUGUUUGAUUUUUUACAUAAAUGUAAACUGUAUGGUAUUUAUUUUGUUUAGCGAACUUCUACGUCAGAACACAGGACUUACAGUUCCAAUCCUUGAUGCUUUGUCUAACCUCAACCUGCGCUCUGAUCUCCUGGCUGAGGUAUAUAUUUACAUCUGUAUUUCUGGAGAAAAUUGCACAGUGUACAUGUAUUUCACUGUUAAAGCACUAUGUGAAUAAAUGACUGAGGAAGGUGGUGAACUUUGAGCUUGGUCAUAAAAUAUGCAACAGUCUUCUAUUGGUAUUCAUGUAUUGAUUGUUUUUGAUGGUAAUAUAAUCUUGAUGUUUCAGGUGCGUGCAUCAGUGAUACAGAUGUUACCCUCUGCAGAAAUCAGUGACUUGCCAGUUGUGGUCAAAUUUAUACUUCAAUCUGUUGGUGACAAUGAUGCGUUUGAGGUAUGGCAUACUAACAGUUGUGCAGUAAAUUACUGGGAAAUUUUUGCAGUGGGACUGAAAAUUUUGCAGUUUUUGUACUUUUACACUUUGUCCUUGUUCUGCCAUAAAGAAAUCCUCACAGGGAAAAAAGAGGCAUUAAAAAAAAAAAUACUGUAAAAAAUGUUGCUACCUUUAGUUCUUUCUCAGAUUCUAGUUUUGCUUGAUUCCUUUUCUUCCUUUUUUUUUUUCAUCUUUUUCCACUUUGGAUGAUUUACAUUGAUUGUCCCCACAAUGCCUUUGUCUUGUACACAUAGGUGAUUAGUGAAUUACGUGCAAGCCUGGAUUUCACAUCUACUUCUCUGCAACCUGCAGCCUGCUCCACUCCUGCUGGGCAACGACUAUCUUCAAGUGGAGGGUGGGUACAAUUUGUAUUUUGGCAAUGAAUACCACAUCUGUUAACUGCACUGAUAAAUGAUUUUAUUUUUUUACCAUGCUCACUUGUGAGAUAUUGAGUUUAACACUCAAAGUGAAAUAAAUUCCAUAUCUAUGUGCUCCUAUGUUUUAUUUCUACACUAUAUAUGACAAUGAUAUCUGUCAAUUAGAUCAGCAAGUGAUGGAGAGCUUUUUACACUUGAAGCACUUCGAUCAGGAAUUCGCUUCCAGAGAUCAGUUGCAGAGGGUUGGAUUAAGGCAAGUGUAUUUUACUAUUUACCGCUGAUGACUAAAUUUGAUUUAUCUUUAUGUGGCAUGAUGAGAAACUUAGUUUUGUAAUUUUGUAGCAAUGAAAUAAGUAAUUACAUUAUCUUCCUCUUGUUUUGAAUUGCAGGCCAUUGAAUCUGUUAACUCUCCUGUGAAACACAAGGUUAGUAAAUGUAGAAAACCAAGUUGCACUUUACAUACAGCUAGGUACCCAUUGAUGCUUAAACUAAAAAAAACAGUAAUGGGGGUAGAAAUUGUGGCCCAUUAUACAUUGUGUAUUUCUAAUUACAGGAAAAACUUGUUGAGAUGAACAGAAAAUCUGUCUCUUUUGCACAUUUAAAGCAAGUGUCUACACCAACUUUAUAGAUAAGUUUGUAGUUCCCACAUUUCUUCACUCAACAAGAUUUGCUUGUAAAGGAAGCAAACAUCAGAAAUAACAUUGAUAAGAAAGAGGAAGGGGAGGAAGGAAAAAAGAGCCCAUCUGGAAAUUUAGACAUUUGCGGAGUGUUUUUACUCUACUCAGUUUAACCAUGAUUCCACUACACUUAAUCAUUACAUCAAUCAGCAGUUUUGUAUCUUUCAAACACUUCCCUAGCAGUCACUGGUGCAGCUGUGUAUUUAAAAGUUUUAGUCACUCUUUCUUUACAGGUUGUGGACUUGUUUGUGUUGCUUAUUCUCCACUCCACUGCAAAUCGAAAGAAGGCCAUGGAAAGCUUGAUAAGGAAUAAAAUAAAGAAUGGUCAUUUUACGGAAGAAAUGUUGAGUGCAGCGUUUAGUUCACACUCACAGGUGAGGAUGUGCAAUUGUUGUUUGUACCAAGAGUGAGCUAAGUGCAGUUAUUUGCACAUGUUUUAUAUAGGGGAUCAUGCAUGUUAGAGUCCUUUUUUUUAUCUGAGACAAAGAGUACAAUCUGAGAGGAGGAUUGGUACCUAUACCCUCUUAGAUAGCUGCUCACCCAUUGGGCAACUUGCAAUGAAAACAGAAGUUUCCCUAAACCCAGGCUUUGUAUGAGCACUUUUGUUGCACCCUGAUUCAGAUAUAUUACUAUUAAUAACUCUCUUUUCUGACUGCUUUUUGUUUUUCAGAUUCUGAGGGAAUAUUUCCCUGACUUGUUGUCCUUGGCAGAAAUUCUACUGAGGUCUCCUGAUCCAUCUGUCUGUUCAUAUGCCUGUUCUAUGUACAAGUUAUCAUUUGCUUCAUUUGACCUUUACUGUCAGCAGGUACUGAAUGAAAUUCUUUUUGCAAUUUGCCCACACUCCCACCCAAAAAUUGCAUAGGUUGUAUCUUGAACACUUCCUAAGCCAAACUAUCCCAGCUUGGCUUAGCCUGCUGAUCAAUCAUUUUUCCCAUACCCUAUUACAACUGAGCAUUAAUAGUGGAACUUGCAGAGCGUAGCCCCAUAAUUAUGCAAAAUAGUAGUAACCCAUCAAGCCGAAAAAAUUUGGUUGUACAACCGUUUGACUGUACGACGUACAACUGUACAAGGUGCUACUUUUAACAUGCGUGGUCAACUGUAUUGCGGGCACGCCAACACCACGGCUUUGUCCAGUUGUCAGUGCACUGGGCUCUGAGUUGGAUGACCUGGGUUCUAGUCCUGGCCAGGGCAAUGCGUUUUGCCCUGGCCAGUGCAUGAAAAAAAAAAAUGUGAGCUCCGCUUUUAGGCUUGGCUAAAUCUAUAUGUUAUGAAUGUUGGUGAAUAGAAUACUUCUGCUACUGACAGUAUAGUUCCCAUUCUGUUUCCUCUUGUAGGAAGUGGUAGGGACAUUAGUGACCCACAUAGGCAGUGGAUUUGCAGCAGAAGCAGAUGCAUCAUUAGAUGUACUUUCAGAUCUUGUUGAAUCCCAUGCAGAUAUCAUGGCCCCAUUUGCUAUAUUUAUUAAAGUAAGUGCAAUAGGUUUUUAGGACUUUUACUUGUAAUCAGUUUUAAGGUGAUUGAUGCAACACUGAACCAUUUUUUUUUUUUACUCCAAUGAACUUGGGAGAGCAGUGAGCUCAUCUCCUCCAAAUCUGUAGAAAAUAUAUGUGCAAGUGACAUACACUUUUUCUUAGCAACAUGUUGACUAAAUUGAAAUAAUUAAAAGAAAACUGGAAAAUUGUUUACAUGGAAACAAGGGUUUGACUUUUGAAAGAAGAAAAGGUUUUAUGCCUUCUUUGGUAAUUAAAUACUGUUGGAACUAUGCAACCUGUAUUAUUGUUAGAUUGUUCAGAGUGUGUUCAUCGUGAUAAGUUCAUGUACAUGUGCAUAUGUUGGUGGCUUUUGUUUCCUUUGGGGUUGUUAAUUUAGUGGUUUUAAACUUGUAAGUGCUUCCUUUAUAUUUGAGUGAUUAAUGCGUUUAAAUCCUAAAAAGUUUUGCUAAACUUUUGACAUAAGAAAGCCUUCAUUUGUAAAUCUUAUAACACAAUUUAUGUUUUAUUUAAGGGUCUGUUGGAUUACUUGGACAAUCUCACUGUAACACAGAUUAGAAAGCUAUUCAGUAUGCUAAGUACCCUGGCUUUUGCCAACCAACUAGAUGGAGGACUUAUUCAGGUACUGACUACACAAGUAAUCUUUAUCUAAAGAAGAAGGUUAUUUGACUGUUCAACAUGAUACUAAAUUCUGCAAACUUAAUUAACUCUGAUCUGUUUUGUACCUUAUAUUUGACUGAUUAAUUUGUGAACAUAUUUUCUCAAAAUGUAGAAUUUUUAAUAUGUACUGAUAUUUUUUCAAGGAUGACAUGCACAUUGUGAUCAGGAAACAGCUGUCAAGUAAUUCUGCCAAGUAAGAUAUAAUGUCUUAAUUUAUGUGAUUUGUACACUUUGUUGAAAGAAUAACCCAAUGAACUUUGCUGAUCCAAUAACCUUUGCAAAUUAACCUUCACACUUUUUUCAUGGACGAAGAGCUAAGGUUACUGGAUGGUGUUCAAUAUGACUGAAAUGUCACCUCCACCAUUGAUAACUAACUUGGACAACAGUUACACUCCUUUUCACAAAAUUGUUCUGCAUUUUCUUUCAGAUACAAGAGAAUUGGUAUCAUUGGAGCCAUAAUGGUUGUACGCAGCAUGGCAAAGAAGAGGUCUCCACUUAGUUUAUUACGUUUUAUCUCUUUGGUUUCAUUUAUUGUGUUGCAUAUGGAGGUCACUUUUUCUGCAUAUGCUAUCUUGGAAAGCCAAGCUGGACCCAGGACCCAGUGGAGUCUGACUCCAUCUCAAAUUAAUUGAGUGAUCAUAAAAGUGGGAGUUUAAUUUUUUAAUCACAGUUAUGAUUAUAAACUUACUAUUAUGAAUCAGAUGACACAAAGUUCUGUUACUGUACUAAUCGCAACUAUACCAAAAUUAUGGAAUGUGACUGGUUAUCUCCAGCCUGAUUUGAGCACUUAUGGGACAGUGUAUGCAUCAAGCUUGUAAUUGGACAGUGUAAUAGGACAGUAGUAGUACUACUGUAGUACCUGUAGGUUAUGUGUCAUGUGCGCUGGCCAUUGUCCGGCAUUUUGCAGAGUUAACUGAUGUUUUUUCAUGGAAAUGUAGGACUGAUGUCUCAAAUUUUUCUCAAAUUUUGUCAAAGCUUUGAUUUAUUGGUAGCAUUUUUUGGCUUUGAUGAUUGGGAAAGUUAUGCUUGUCAGUGAAAAUCUUGUUGAGAGUUGAUGAAAAAGAAUGCUGUGAAUGUGAUGUUUUGUCUUUUGUUUAUACAACAGAUCUGAGGAUGAGGGUUCUGAAGAAACAAUGGACACUCAGUCACAACCAAGAACCACUCUCUCUAAUGAAGUUUACAAACAGGUAAGUUUAACCAGAGAGGUGAAGGAUGGGAUGGUGUUCAUGAGACUUAUCUGAGAUGGAGAAUGAUGGUUUGAACACCCAAUUGCAAUUCAUUACUAGAGUCCUGUGACUCUGUUGAUGACCUCUACUUGUGUGGUUGUAAUUUCAGUCACUUCUUCUCAGAGGUUUCAACAACUUUUUCUAUUCGUGGUUGCUAAUGAUAGGACAAAACCCAAACACUGAAGCCUGCUUACAGCCUAAACAGAUAGUGGUGACAGGUCAUUCCCAAACACUGGUUCUUCUUAGAAACUGACCCAUGCUUCAUGUGACUUGUUGCCAAUUCAGCUUUAAACAGGAUAGCAAGUUCUUUUGAGUGAUGUUAAACUUUUGCUGUGAUAAUUUCUCUGCAGAUUUGUAGCAUGCUAGAAAUGAUACGUAACAGCACCAAUCAGAAUCCAGAAGCAGCAGCAUUGUUUUAUGACGAGCUGGCAAGAAUUAUUCAAGUUGGAGGCAUUGAUCCAAAAAUUGAGGUGUUGUUACUUGUCAGGGAUUGUUAAAAGAGUGAACAAGAAUUUUGUAUAAUGCUACAGUACAUUAAGAAAUAACAAGAAAAAAAGAAUUAUUGCAGCUAAUAGUAGCUUGUUCAAAAAUAAAAUGGGCUAUUUUCAUAAUGCCCAAAGUCUCUGUUUUAAAAAUUAAUCUAAGAGAUACACCUUUUAUAUUCAAACAUUAGCUUAAGUAUUGCAAAUAAAACUCAUUUUUCAAAACAAAGGUUUUGCUCUUUUUCUGAUACGAGAUAUUAGGGUUUUUGGAACUCAAUUUUGUUCAAGUUAUUUAAAAGUGUAGUUAUUUUAUUACAGGCCUGGAUAAGUGAAACAGUUGUGGCUGAUUUUCAAGAUGACUUCCUUGUGGAUAGAGAACCACCCACAGAAAGGUAACACACUAUUUGUUUCUGCAUCAAUCUAUAGAAAAUACUUUAAAAAAAUAAAUAAAUAAAGAUAAUUUGGUUUAUUAUCAUAGUUGAUAAUGUUAAUUGGCCAUGUUAGAUAUGCAUUAUUAACCAAAGGUGAGGUCAAGAUGCCUGGAUAUUGGCCAAAUUCUUUUUUGUGACUUUUUAUGGACUGAGAAAAAGUUGAGGUUCUUAAAAACACACAAAAAAGAAUGAGGCUGAUAUCCAGCAAUCAUGGCUAAACAAGCAUGGUCAAUAAAAGAUAAAUUUUAUAGCAAAAAGAUUUCUCUUUAUCAAGAAUCAAGAAUGACUUGUUUAAUUGGAGAGCCACGAAAGAAGGCAAUUGUGUUUGUAACACUAUAAAACCAGGAGAGUUGUUUAUGUUUUUGUUUUGAUUGCCUUCUACUGCUUUUUGCAACUCCAUUGCCAACAUUGUCCAAAAGUUACAUCAUUGUGAGUCUGCUCCGUGCAACAUUUUUCAUGCACGGGAACAAAGCGGACAAUCUCAAGCAAGCAAAAUGAGGUAGCCAAUCAGAACACAGGAUUUGCUUCAUAUUCCCCAUGAGCACUGCCAGUGAUGUAUUAAAAAGGUUUUCUAAAGCUGAUGUUUUUAGUGUUUGCAUUGCAUCAGAGCAUCCCUUUGAUGGAGGGGUGACCCUCAAAAUGCUUUUUAAACUUUUCACAGUGGUCAUGUCUUGGUUAACUCAGUUGAUAAAACCUUAUUAUCUUGUAAUCCCCCCCUCCACCCCCCCCCUUCCCCCAUGGUGUACCACCUCUGCCACUUUAGAAACUGACCCCCCCCCCCCUUUUAGAUAAAUGAAGCUAUAACUAUGAACAAAGUUUUUUUUUAAUGUGUGUUUUUUUAGUCUUGGUGUUCCCAUGGAAUUAUCAUAUGCCUUGGAUGAAGCAGAAGAAGGCAGCAUUGCUGUCAAUAUGCUGCCAUUACUUUUAGCUUCCAGAAAUGGUGCAAAAAGCAAGGACAAAAUUGACAGGUGAGGGAAAGAAAGAAAGAAAGUAUACGAUUACAAUUGAAAGGAUUGGUUAGGUCAUUAAGUUUUUGGUAAGGUGCUUUCCCCAAUUUGAUUAGCCCCUAUCUUGGGGCAGCCAUUUCCUCAGGACUACUUGUAAAAUAUCAUGGAGAAGGUGAGAGAAAAGGAACUUACAUGUAUGCUAAAAUUUAGAGAAAGAUGUUUUUGUCUGUCAUGAGUGUGGGAAAAAAUUCUGAGUCUGAGUCUGAGUCCCUAUGAGGAAUCAAACCUCAUACCUUUGGAUUGUGUGUUCUGAUGCUCUACCACUGAACCACAGAGACACUGUGGUGAGUGAGGUCUAUUACAAAGGUCAUAUGUGUCCUGCAAACUGCUGGGAUCAGCAAUGUCCAUAGCAUCAUGUUUGUAAAUUGAAUAAGAGAAAUGGUAAGUUUUGAGCUCGGUAAAAAAAUAAAGAUGUUUUUCAUCUAUUAUGAGCAUAGGAUAAAGAAAAAUUCUGAGUCUCCAAAUUAUUUUUUCUUUGUUCCACACUCGUGACAAACAAAAAACAUCUUUCCCCAUUUCUUUAAACUGAGCUCAAAACUUACCAUCUCUCAGAUUCUAUUUAUGCCAAAAUUUGUUAUUAACUUUGUUAACUGAGGUACCAAGACCUUCAACUAAUAACAACUUGGAUAUUUGCACUUUUGAUGUUGAGGUUGAACAUUUUCUCUUUUAAAUAGUGGACCAGCCUCACUCAUAUGCCUUGCACCUCAUUUCCGCCUUUUGCGGGUCUGUGAAGAAAGUCAACACAAGGGAGAUCUUGAAGGAAUUGAUGCUCUCUUAGGUAAACUACAUACAUGUGAUUUUGGAAUGCAACAAAUUGUGCAAAUUCAGAACCAAAUGCAUUUUUUUCAUUUGAUUUUCACAGCUAUGGGAGAAUCUUAAAACAAUCCUUAAUAAUUCAUUAUUUCUUUAAUUUUGCUUAAGACUCAGGGAAAAAUCCUCAGAAACUUGUUCCAAGAAUCUCGUUUGAAAUUGUUUUGCCAUUAGAGUUCAAAGAUCUGAUGCAAUUACCUUCUCAGAACAAAAAUUCAGUCAAAACUCAACGUCAGCCAAAGUUGUUAUGACUGACAGUAGUUUAAAUGUGUAGCUGCAUUCUUUAAUCAGGGGGUGGCUAAAAUUGAAUUUGCAAAUGUUUUAGAAUAUGUAUGCUUGAUCUCUUUUUUUUUUUUUAGGGUGUCCACUUGUUAGUUUUAAAGAAGAGAUGAUCAAAGAAAUAACCUCUUUGGACCAAGCAGAUCGAGAAGUCAUUUGUGGAACUUUGUUCCACACUGUAAACUGGUUCAGAGAGGUAUGCAUGUUUUUGAUAAAAGAAUGACCCUUUUACUACAGAAAAUGUGUUUAACCCUCCAAUUCCCCAAAGUGAUGAACAUGUAACUUCUCUCUAAAAUAUCCAUACAUUAUCCACCAAACAUGUAAUGAGAAUACUCAAACUUAUCAGACAAGUAGAGGUUGCUAUCUUGAUGUAACUCCAAAUUCUCCUAACCAAUUUGAAAGGAAAUGUCAAACAGCUAGAAGGGAGAAGUAACAAUCAGAUCUUGGGAGUUGAGUUAACCCUUUACCUCCCAGAGUGACUAGCAUCUAAUUUCUCCUUACAAUAUCACCCAUGAAUCACACAUUAAGGUCAUGAGAAUAAAGGAAAUGAUCAACAGCUAAAGACGUUCUUGAUUGUUGAACAAAUUCUCCCUGUCAGCUCCUUGCAAAAUUUAUAGAGAGCAGUAUGGAGAAUAUGUAUACUGAUGUUAGGGUGUAAAGGGUCAAUACUGUUAUGUUGCUGCAUUUGUCAGCUGGCUAUCAUAUAAAGACUGACCAGUAGUACCUUGUAUAGCUAUGUAGUCCUUUACCACAUAACAUCAGUAUCCAAAUUCUCAACAUUCUUCUUCAUACAUUUCCUUUGGUACUGACAAGGAGAAUUUGUUUAACAAUCAAAGCUUCCAAGGUGGGUAGUUAUUUCCUAAAUUCUCAUGAAUUUAAUGAAUGAUACAGUAGUAGAACUGUAAGGAGAAAUUACGUGCUGGUCAUUUUUAAGGUUUUUUUUUAGGGGUCAGUUCAAGGAGAAGUGUACUCCAGAAACCCUAUUGUAUUAUUAUUAUCUUCACCAUUAAGCAAUUACUGUUUUUACUCAAAUAAGUGCUCUUCCUGGUGGGGUACUUAAUGUAUGAUUUUUGCUCAUCAAUAUUGCUCUAUCCUAAUGGCUGAGAAUUAAUUUGCUUCACCAGUAAGGUUAAAAUAAUAAUUUUCACAAUCUUUCCCAAGGAAACUUGCUGCUUAACUUUAAUAACAAAGGUUCUUUCUUCCUUUCAUAUCUGGUUGAUGUGAUUGACCAAUUAGAGUCUUUUUUGAGUAGAGUACUGUAUUAGCUGCAUUUUUUAAAGCAUGAGUUGUAAUCGUGUGUCAUUGUAACAACCAUUUGAUUGGUAAUGAACAAUCACUGAAACCUUUCACAUUGUAGGUUGUGAAUGCAUUUGCAUCCCAAGAAAGCCCUGAAUUGAGAGGGAAAAGCAUUGCAAGGAUUCAAGGCAUAACAGCAUUGUGUGCUGUUUUAGAAAAGUGUCUUGCAGGUUUGAUUGAAAUUUCUCUUGUUAUUUGUUAUGCUCAAAGGUUGAAUAAGUUAUUGAUUUUAUAUCUGUUGAAUUAAUUUUUCAGCCACACCUUCCUUCAAGCCUCCACUGGCUACGUUUGACUUUGAAGACUCAUUGGUGACAAGUCCUCAUUCAAAUGGGAACAAGUCCAAGGCUAAGAAAGGGAAGAAGACUAGUAAAAGGUAAGCAAUACCAUGUUAUUAAUUUUUACUUUUUUGUUUUGCAUCCAGACAUUUUAGCCUUUUUACGAGAAUCAGGAAAAUUCAGCAUAAAAGUUCGGCUGGGAUUCAGUUCAGUUCAGUAGCUAAGUUGUACAUGUAUAAUGUUGUUGCCUUUCUUGAAUUCCAUAAUUUUUCUUUAGGUCCUUAAUGCUAGCAAAAAUGAAACUUUCCUCUGCUGCUAGGCUAGACAUCCACAUUAAUUCCCCAUAGAAAAUUUAGUUUUUCUUUUUAAAUGCACAUGAACUCACAAUUCUUUCGCUGUCAGCAAAUACGACUAAGAGUGAAUGAAUUGUUUUAUAAUAAUGAUUGUUAUUUGUACCUUCCUAGGGAUUGACAGGAUCAAAACAUAAAUGACAUGCAUGGCUAACUAACACAUUUAUUUGUUUUUUUUCUUGUUUCCAGAUCAAGCACUGAAAAACCAGAUGAUUCUAUAGAAAAGGUAAAGAAUUUCAUAUGGAAUUAAUGGUAGCAGCAAUACCCAUGUAUGCAUUUGAAUAUUUCUCUUAACCCUUUAAAUCCCAUAAGUGACCAAGACAGAAUUUCUCCUUACAAUAUUAAUACAAUAUCAACCAGAUAAGUGAUGAGAUUGAAGAAAAAUAUCAAUUUGGGGGUAAUUGGUCGAUCCAAAACUAAAUUCUCUGAACUAACAUUAUAAGAAUUGUAUGGUUUACAGUAAGGAGAAUUACAAAUUUGAUCUGGGAGUUAAAAGGGUUAAAGAAAUUUUGAAUUGAGUGUUGAUUGUAAUCUGAGAUUGCUUUGGUUUUGCUUUACUUCACUCUGUGAUUGGUCCAUUCUGUCAACCAAUCAGAUGCAAAACUAAAACCAAUCACAACUUGAUCACCAGAAUUUUUCCCAUACUUUAGUUAGUUUAGAUUCUCAUUGGCUUGUUUAAGUAUUUUGCUUUCUUGUGACUGGACAUUGUGAGCAUGUUGGUUUUGGUGUUUUGACACUCACUUGAAAAGCACCCUUGUAAGCAUUUUUAUUGAUUCCAAAGUAAAGGAAAUCCUUGGAAAAUCUUCCAAAAUACUCUGCUUUCUGUGUUUAUGUUCAACAUACAACUGCUAUAGGUCUUUUAGAGUUUUACAUGAUAUUAUGUUGGCUGACUUUGGUUGCAGAUAAAAGAUCUUGAAAAAGAAAAUGUCGAUGACAAAGAAAUUGAAACACAAAAAGAAAGCUCCAAAGAUGCAAAAGAAAAGGACAAGGAAAAAAGCCAGCGACCAUAUCUAUGUCACAGUAUCAAGCAUUUCUCAGGUAAAAUCUGGUAUUCUAUAUUUCAGUGUAUUGGCUGAAUGCAGACUGAAGGUUUUAAUUUUACCAACAGAUCUCAGCUUGAUGAAGAACCAACCCACUUUUUAUGUUUUCAUUUCUUAGUUCAAUGAAUGACUGAAACAUUUUUUGGUUACAGUGCUUGGGCAUAUGAAAAGUGGCUAUGUAAAACUGUGGCACAGUGUAAUAAAACUAUGCACAAUUUGCAAGAUGUAGCUUAGUAACUAAAUAAUUAUACUUUUCAUUACCAGUAGAUUUUGUCCCUGGUUCUCAUCUCUCCUUUAAUUUUUUAAAUUAUUUUUCAUAGAGAGUUAGAUCUCAAGACAUUUAGUAUUUUGAAAUGUGGACUGGUCUCCCGUGCAGUUUUGGAUUCUGAAAUGAAUACAGAGGUUUGUAGAUAGCUGUAAAUUACAAGUCAUAAGAAGUUGAAAAGUCACUUUGGAGUCAUGUUUGAAAAAUGAUCUUUAUUGAUUGAUAACAGAGUUCUAGUUGGUCAAGGAAAUCCAGAAAAACAUGGAAUUUAGCGAAAUUAUUUUCCAGACCCAGAAAAUCAUGCAGUUCAAUUGUGCUUCAAGGAAAGUCACGGAAAUCUCUUUAAUUGAUUUUUUUCUGUGAGCAACAAAGCAAGAAAUACUAUGAUGUAAUGAUUUAUUUUGGGUCAGAUGGUUUUGAAAUGAACAGCUUAAUGAUGGAUGGUGGAAAAUAUCAAAUACUCUUAAAAAGGGCAUGCUAAGUUGUGGAAUUUUUUGAGUUUGUAAAGUAAAAACCUUAAACAAGUUUUCUUCCCUUACACAAGGCCAAAAUGAUAUACAAACAAAGAGUUAGUCUUUUGUCUAUUGGCACAGAAUCAACUAUUGAUUAGGUACUUUUGUCACAAUAUUUUGAGGCACUUUCAAUUGGUAAAUGUUCUUUUAAAUAUGCACAAUUCACCUGAAUCAAAAACAUGUUUGUGUGCAGGAGACUACUAUAGUGCAACUUCAGGCUCCCCAGCUGGAGUUUCUGUUGGAGGACCUUUCCAGAAAACUUCAGUAUUCACUUUCAGCUUCUGCUUCUUCAAGGAGGAGCUUUCUCAAG